ACACCCGGAGCUGCUGCCUCCCCGUAGAAGCGCGAUACCCCAGCCAUGUUUUGCCGGAGGCUGUAGCAACAGGGCAGGGUGGAUUCCGAGAGGGCGGGUCUUACCUAGAAUACGACUCGCCUUGUUGUGUGUAUUCCCGUGCUCGCAUCGCCAUCUUGUUGCAAUCCUGUUUUUUUUUUUUUUUUUUUUUUUUUUUUACACUUAUCGCCGAUUUACUUUUGGUUCAUCCGACUGAAACCCCCUGUCUGUUUUGAGGGGGGGAAAGGUGGAACGAUCGGCUGGUGCGACUGGGUUAAUCGUGUUCGCGGCUUCCCCGGAGACUACCAUUUUGCUCUUUUACCCUCCGUCCCGGGUAACCGGGUCGCCUACCGUCAGGGGCGCAAUGAGCAUCGAUACUCUGCUGGAGGCGGCCAGAUAUUUGGAAUGGCAAGCCCAGCAACAACAGAUCACACGUGAGGAGGAGCAGCAGCGCAAAGAGAAGGAGCUCCUAACCAAGGAGUCAUGUGAGUCGAGGCGCGUGGAGGUGGUGGCCUCGCCAGCCCAGCCGGUCAGAGCCAACCAUGUCACUUGGGGGGAUGACGCUCACCGCCAGCAGCCGCACCUGUCACCAGCCCCUCCUCGCCCAUCCCUACCACCCCCCCAGGUCCCCAUCGCCGUCAUACCCAUGGUCCCGGUUGUCACAGCAACGCCCUCCGUCCCAUCCCUCCCCCUGGCCACGCCGAUUGCUGCGGCGGCGACAACGACAGCAACACUCAAUGGUUCCCUGCCAACCAAGAAUGGCUCACCCCCCCCACAGCAGCAACAGCCACCACCGCCACCACUGGGCACCCACCACCUACUGUGCGUCCCCCAGAUGAAGGUGGAGUCCACUCAGCAGCAGAGUGGUGGCACACCCGGCCAACCACAGCCUCAAGUCCAGAUUCCGUACCCGACGUCCAUCAGCGCCACUGGCCCUGGCUCCCAACAUGCACUUCUCCCCCAGCAAGUGCCGCCUUCUUCUCAGCCACGGACUAAUGGAGUUACUGUGGAGGACAUGAGAGGAAUUGAUGGGAAACGGCGACCAGGGGGAGCGGGGACCAGAGAGGUACACAACAAACUGGAGAAAAACAGACGAGCCCACCUGAAGGAGUGUUUUGAGACGCUGAAGAAGAAUGUUCCCAAUGUAGACGAGAAGAAAACGUCCAAUCUGAGUGUCCUCCGCAGCGCUUUGCGGUACAUACAGACUCUGAAGCGUAAGGAGAAGGAGUACGAGCACGAGAUGGAGCGCCUGGCCAGGGAGAAGAUUGCCACGCAGCAGCGGCUGGCCGAGUUGAAGAACGAGCUGAGCCAGUGCAUGGACAUUGUGGAGAUCGACCGGGUCCUCCGACAGACCGUCCAGCCCGAGGACGAUCAGGCGUCCACCUCCACCGCCUCUGAAGGGGAAGACAACUUUGACCAGGACAUUGAUGAGGAUGUCUCCGCUCCCCCUCCCGCCAUGUCCCUCCCCAAACCCUCGCACCCCAUUUUGCAAACACAGCCAAUCCUCACCCCUCACCUGUCAAUCCAGCAUGCCGCCCUGCCUCUCUCCGGAGUUCUUACCGCGCCCUCACCCUCCGGGCCCCCUGCCCCGCAGGCCAUCGCCCCUGCCCCGACCCCUGCACAAGCUGCCCAUCCUCUCCAGACACCAGCUGUACAGGUCCAACCCACCGUCAUCGCUCACGCCGCUGUCUCCCACCCUUCUGUCAUCCAAGCAGUUAACCACGCCCUGCCAGCUAAUCACAAGCACCUAACGCACAUCGCCCCUCUGCCUAGCCCCGCUUCCUCAACCCCUCAGCCGAUCGCAGCAGCUCCAGCAGCCCCUGCUGCUCACCAGCCAAUCACCGCCCAGCCCAUCGGACACAUCACCGUCCACCCAGUCGCACACCUGGGGGCUCCCCUACCAUCCCACCUCCCGGCACUCUAUCCACAGGGCGUGUCGGUCUCCCAGCCCACCAUGGUGGGCCACAUUACCCACACCUUCACCCACCACACCCUGCCCCAUGUCCAGGCUAACCCCCACGCCAAUGCUAACGGAGCCCAGAUGAAUGGGGCGGCAGUGGUCACGCAGGGUGGGCAGUCCUUAGGGAAGCCCACGGCCGUGCUUGCCCCCCACCCCCAACUGGUAGGACAGACUGCCGUCCUCAAUCCUGUUACUAUGGUUACUGUCCCACCCUUCCCUGUUAGCACUCUCAAACUGGCUUGAAGGAAUGAGGAAAAACUAAUCAGUGGAACAGAACGAGAUGGAUGGGAGCAGAGGGAGGGAAAAUAGACAACCGCAUUGUUUGCCAGUGGAGUCAGGACUCUUUCAGUGAACCACCUGGACCAGAUCUUUUCCGUCCCAUCAGUUAUUUAGAGAAUGUUUCUGACAGAUUUGUGGACUUUGCUAUUUGGACUCAAAUGAACAAAAACAGUAAUGGUUUGAUUGUUAAGGCUGUGACUGUGAUAUCCUCGGCGAUAUGUUUUGGCCACAGAUCUGACAGUUUGCCUUUUUUUUUUUUUUUUUAACAGGGGGAUGGUUAAAAAGUAACCUGAAAGCAAAGUCAGUGGCUCAGACCAUUGUGAACAAAGGACUGUGAUGUUUGUCCCCGCUGCAGAGAAAACACCUUCCUUACUUCCUUCCUUUUCCUUCAUGAAAUACUUCUUUCCUUUCCUUCUUAUCUUCUCCUUCCCUCUUCCCAGGCAACCAGAAGCACUAACGUAAUAAGCUCAGUUCAUACUCAGGCAUCAAGGAUCUACCUUAUAUAUCAAUACCCUCAUUUAGGAAUAGUCAUGUGUAAAAGAGAGUCAUGUGAGAUUAGACCAUUGCAGUAGUAGUAUGUGUUGGUUUUGUAUUCAAGUAACCAUUUGAUGUCAUCUUGGUGAGGCUGAGCGGGAUAGGAUGUUGUGAGUGAGAUUGCAUCACAGGGCGGUCCGUUAUUAAUAGGCACAUUUACUCAUUUUUAAAGUGCUGCCAGACUCCAUAUUCCAAUUCAGAUUUCUUAAUUGAGGCUGAAAUGAACCAGGGCCCACGUUACAGAAACAUGCUAACCGCAAAGUACAGCACAAACGUCAUCUAUGUUAAAAAAAAAGCCAAUGUGCUGAACAUCAUGGCACAAAAAAGGUUUUAAUUAUAUCUCAAUUCAAUAUCUAAUCAUAUCUCUUUCUAUGAUGACUGCAAACGUGCUAAGCUAGCUGAUGUUGCUUAGCCGGCUGUAUUUGCCAGCUGUAAAGAAGUGAUCACCAUGGCAACAAAUCCGUACCUGAUUAACACUCUAAUGGCCAUCACGCAUGAAUGCAACACAAACAUAUCUUCUGGUUGGCUUGAUGUUCAGAUGAAGCGGACAUACAAUACAAACUUUAUCUGUCACUCUGAAUGGAGUCUUUCUUCUGUUGUCUUAAACCCCCCUGAGUGCAGGCAUGAGGAGAGGACAGACAAAUCUGAUCCCAGCAAUUGCUGAGGUUGGAAACAAAGGGAGCUGUAGGACAGUCUUGGGCAACUACAAUAUGGUAUAAUACCGUGAGGGGGAGGGGCAUUUCAAAUAAGAUAAAAUUAUGGUAAAAGAUAAAGUUGGGCAGUCAGGAGUUCUCUCAGCUAUGUGGUCUCUGGUGUCUAAGGACAGCACCCUCCAAAUUUGAAGUCAUAAACCUGUCCAAUAGACAAAAGCUAUGGGACAGGUCUUGGUCAAACAACUAAGCAAUGUCAAUCGAGACAGUAGGCAUCUUCUUGCACUCGGUUGCUUGUGCACUCUUACUACAUGGGCUUUGGAAACAGUUUGGCAAUGUGAGACUGUUUUGUUUGUUUUUUUUACUUCCAUAACUAUCUCCAUCUACUUGGGAGCUGUAGCUGGCCUGGGUUGCUGGUUUCUCUGUCUUAAUACCCUCAUGCAGAGUUAGACCAGCGAAACGUGUCGAUCAAAAGAUUUAUAUUCCACCCUUCUGGAGCAGUUUGAUUUCUUCCUUUAAAAUCCAGCCUAUGUGGUAUCAGCCAUAAGUCAAGCGUGCAUCACAUCAACCUCCCCAGUGGGGUCAUCACACCCCCAGACAACCUGAGAUUAUCAACUUUUCUACACCGCUGUGGGCUUUUUUUCCUGCGCGUGACACCUCUGGUCACCAAUACUAAACAGGGACAGGUACCAUGAUGAAGAACACACGAGAAAAAAAAGAAGGAAGAUUUGGGGAUAAAAGAUAAUUCGAUUGAAAACCACGUUGAGUCAGGUUCUUUUUCUCGGGAAAUGGAGACGACAAUGUGAAAUGUCUUGAGAUUGUCAUAUUGCCAGAGUGGUGGUGGAUCUUCUGUAACCACUAGGAGCUGUUGAAACGUCCUCCAGCACACCCCCUGUUCACACGGGGGGUUGUGGCGGUAGUGUAUGUGUG